UUGCAGGCAGUGGCAGACAUCAGUUCCACUAACGGGAUCCCCAAAGGCAAUGGCGACUGGCUUUCGCUGCGGGACGCCUGCCGCCUUCUCGAUGUGAGCGAUACCACGCUGCGCCAGUGGGCCGACGCCGGCCAUCUGCGGGUGUACCGCACCCCGGGUGGACACCGCCGCUUCCUUCGCCAGGACGUGGAGUCGCUGACCAGUUCCCCGAAGCCGACGCCUGAACCCGCCCGCGAAGACUCCCUCGAGGGCCCGGCGCUGCGUCGCAUACGCCGCCGACUGACGCAGGACAGCGUAACUCAGCAACCCUGGUUCCAGGCGGUGGAAGCGGAAGGACACGACCGCAUGCGCCUCUUUGGCCGCCGAUUGCUCUCGCUGCUGAUGCAGGAGACCGGAAGGCGCCGCCACCGCCAGGAACUGCUAUCCGAGGCGCGCAUGCUGGGUCAGGAAUACGGUUCCGAGAUGAUGGAGCGAAACGUGGCUCUCACCGACUCAGUGGAAGCGUUCAUUUUCUUUCGGACCAUGGUGCUGGACAGCGCUCCGGCCGCUUCGUGGUCGCGAAUUCUGGAGACCUCCGACCGUGUGUUGACGGGUCUCUGCGCGUCAUAUCAGCAGUCUGGCACUCCACGGUAG